GUGGAGAGCAGAGGGAGGGAGUGAUGGUGAGAGGGAGAAAUUGAAUGAGAGGGACAGAGCGAAACUGAGAGGAGCCAUCACAACAACAAAACUUCACCAACAAUCAAGCAAGUGGAACUACGGACCGGCUUCUCUCCUUUUCUCACCGCAUGGCUGCUUAGUUCCUGCUCACAGAACUACAGUGCAGUAGAAACUUGGUGUUUGCGGAGGCAGAGGGGGGUCUCCGCCUGGAAAGAUGGACCAUUUAGUAAGGACCAGGUCGCGCAGGAGAAUAUCGCUAUUUCUUUUUAUCCUGCUUCACGUGACGACCACACAAGCGGCUGAUCUCAUUGAUGUCCUGCGAGUGCUGGACCUGUCAGAGAACAUGGAGGGGGUGUCCUUGGAGGCUGGUCUUUGCAGCAGCAGGAGGGGCAUGGAGCAGCCGGACCUGGCCUACAAGAUAGACAAAAAGAUCCAGCUCAGUGCUCCCACCAAACAACUUUUCCCUGAUUCCAAAUUCCCUGAGAGUUUCUCCUUGAUGGCUACACUGCGAGCUAAAAAGGGCUCCCAGUUCUUCCUUCUUUCAGUGUAUGAUGACCAGGGGGUCCAGCAGCUGGGGCUGGAGGUGGGACGUUCGCCUGUCUUCCUCUAUGAGGACCAACAUGGGCAGCCCACACCAGAAAUGUACCCCAUCUUCAAGAAGAUCAACCUAGCCGAUGGAAAAUGGCACAGGAUAGCCUACAGCGUGCAGGACAAGUCUGUGACCCUGUACUUGGACUGCCAGAAGGUCGAGACCCUGGAUCUGCUGCGAGGGGACGAUGCUGUUGUCAGUACAGAGGGUGUCACUGUGUUUGGGACACGGCUGCUGGACGAAGAUGUGUUUGAGGGAGAUAUUCAGCAACUACUGAUUCUGGAGGAUGCCCAGGCUGCUGCCAACUACUGUGAUAACUACAUACCAGACUGUGAAUCUGCUUUGCCAUACAACAGCCAAACCCUGGACCUGCAGGAGAACUCCCAACUUGGGUCUGAUGCCUUGAUGCAAAGUGACCAGCCAGAAGAACCAAAGGAGGUCUCCAAAAAGGACAGGAAGGGCAAAAAGAACAAAAAGAAGAGAGACAAGGGCUCGAAAGGCAAGCGCAGAGGCAAGGGCAAGAAGGGAUCCAGAAAGAAAAAGCAUGAGGAGGAGGGUCUUGAGGACGGCUUCCUCACAGUGUCCACAACACUGCCUGAGUAUCUAUCCCAAGACCCUUUUGUGACCACAGUGCUGCCAGAAAUUAAGAACACCCGAGAAACUGUCAUUCCCACUGAAGUCUUCGACAAGACCCUCGUGGAGAUGCCCACACACGAACCUGACUCCACAACCGAGGCACCCGCCGCGGUGCCCACUACAGUGCCUGAAUCAGUGGUAACUGAGGAGGAGGAUAAGCCUGUAAAGAAGCCAUUGGUGGAAGAGUAUGGAGAUGACCUUUACAGAGACCUCUAUGAUGAUCUCUCAGUUUCCACGGUAACAGCGGGCCCAAAUGUUACUGAAUAUGAGCUUCUUGAAUACGAAGAUUUCAAGAAUGACACAGAGUACGAGGAGUAUGAAGCAUACGAGGACGGCUUUGAAUUUGCGGAGCGGGAGAGAGCACAGACGUGGGACGGACAGGGUAGCCUCAGAGCAGAGAAAGGCCAGAAGGGAGAGCCAGCUAUUAUUGAGCCGGGUUCAUUGGCGGUGGGACCCCCAGGUCUACCAGGGCCAGAGGGGCUCGCUGGCCCAGCUGGACCAACAGGCCCUCCAGGACCCAGGGGAGAUCCUGGUGAAUUGGGUCCCCCAGGACGUCCCGGUCUUGCUGGGGCUGAUGGAAUUCCAGGUCCUCCAGGAACCCUGUUGAUGCUACCAUUCCAGUAUGGAGGUGAUUCCCAGAAGGGACCAGUGGUGUCUCCCCAGGAGGCACAGGCACAAGCUAUCCUGCAACAGACCAAGCUGUCACUGAAGGGACCUCCAGGUCCAAUGGGUCUCACAGGGCGACCAGGCCCACUGGGUUUUCCAGGUCCCACUGGGCUCAAAGGAGACAGCGGAGACAGUGGCCAUCCUGGACCACGUGGUUUGCCGGGCCCUCCCGGAAUUAAUGGAAAGAUAGGAAAAAGGGGGCGUGCGGGAGUGGACGGAGGUCGUGGAGCUCCAGGUGAAACAGGCUCUAAGGGUGACAGGGGCUUUGACGGCCUGCCAGGUCUCCCAGGAAACAAGGGACACAGAGGGGACAGAGGAAAGCCUGGUCCUCAUGGGCCUGUUGGAGAGCCAGGAGAAAAGGGAUCUGAUGGACCUGUGGGGCCAAGAGGGCAGCCAGGUGAACCUGGUUCUCGGGGUCUUGUUGGGCCAAGGGGGCCACCUGGCCCACCUGGCCAACCGGGUAUUAGUGGAACUGAUGGCGUGCAGGGGUCAAAGGGCAAUCUGGGUCCAGCUGGAGAGAUAGGGCCGCCGGGUCAACAGGGAAAUCCAGGAGUACAGGGCUUGCUUGGUCCUCAGGGUCCCAUUGGACUGCCAGGGGAGAAGGGUCCCCAGGGGAAACAAGGCAUGCAGGGACUACCAGGCAUUGAUGGCCCGCCUGGUCACCCAGGAAGAGAGGGCCCCCCGGGAGAGAAAGGAAUUCAAGGUUUACUAGGAGCUCAGGGGCCUGUCGGGUACCCAGGGACCCGCGGAGUCAAGGGGGCAGAUGGAGUUAGGGGUCUAAAAGGGAGCAAAGGAGAGAAGGGAGAAGAUGGCUUCCCUGGGUUCAAAGGUGACAUGGGCAUCAAGGGAGACAGGGGUGAUAAUGGAGCUCCGGGUGCUCGUGGAGACGAUGGACCGGAGGGGGCAAAGGGCCAAUCAGGACCCAUGGGAGAUCUUGGAACUGCUGGGAUCGCUGGCGAGAAGGGUAAACUUGGCGUGCCUGGAUUGCCAGGAUACCCAGGAAGACAAGGUUCUAAGGGAUCGCUUGGCUUCCCUGGUAUGGCGGGGGCCUCAGGAGAGAAAGGACGAAGGGGUCCAGCUGGUCAGCCAGGGUCUGGGGGCCAAAGAGGUCCUAAUGGAGCCCGGGGGGUAAGGGGAGCGAAUGGGCCCAGUGGAAAGCCAGGAGAAAAGGGUUCUGCUGGACAAGAUGGUCCUCAGGGAUCCCCUGGAGAACAGGGUCCUCAAGGACCACAGGGAAGGAACGGUGAACCAGGACCUAGAGGGCCUAAUGGACCACCUGGAAAAGAUGGGUUACCAGGUCACCCAGGCCAGAGAGGGGAACCAGGUUUCCAAGGCAAGAACGGACUCCCUGGCCCCCCAGGUGUCGUUGGACCACAGGGCAAAUCUGGUGAGACAGGGCCAACUGGAGACAGAGGCCAUCCAGGUUCACCAGGACCACCGGGUGAGCAUGGUUUACCGGGAUCUGCCGGAAAGGAGGGCGCCAAGGGAGACCCAGGUCCACCAGGAGCCGCUGGGAAAAGUGGCCCUGCUGGGCUCCAAGGCUUCAGAGGGAGCAGAGGGACCCCUGGUGCAAUGGGUCCCGCAGGUCUGAAGGGAGGAGAGGGUCUACCUGGCAUUGCAGGAGCCAUUGGUGCUACUGGAGAGAGAGGCCCUGCUGGGCCGGCUGGUGCUAUUGGGCAGCCAGGACGGCCCGGUGGCGUGGGUCCUGCUGGGCCGAUGGGAGAGAAAGGCGAGCCAGGAGAAAAGGGGCCUGUGGGGCCGGCUGGGCAUGAUGGGGAACUGGGACCUGUAGGGCUGCCAGGGGCUGCAGGACCUCCUGGGCCUCCAGGAGAGGACGGAGACAAGGGAGAGACAGGAGGACCUGGACAGAAGGGCAGCAAAGGAGACAAAGGAGAAGCUGGACCCCCAGGACCUGUUGGAAGUCAAGGACCUGUGGGCCAGCCAGGACUGCCAGGUGCCGAUGGUGAGCCAGGUCCUCGUGGGCAGCAGGGCAUGAACGGUGCAAAAGGAGAUGAAGGACAUCGAGGCUUUAAGGGGGCAUCUGGUCCCUCUGGACUACAGGGAAUGCCAGGACCACCAGGGGAGAAGGGAGAGAGCGGGCAUGUUGGCUCAAUGGGUCCUCCAGGACAGCACGGCCCACGAGGCCCUCAGGGGCCCAUUGGUGGAGAGGGUGCACCUGGAAUGCCUGGUGGAGUCGGUCAGCCUGGACUUGUUGGAGAAAAGGGUGAGGACGGUGAGGCUGGAGACCCUGGAUCAGUUGGAGAGCUUGGCACUGCUGGUGCUAAAGGCGAUGUGGGGGAGAAGGGUGACUCUGGCCCUCCCGGUGCAGCUGGGCCUCCAGGACCCAGAGGAACACCAGGCGAGGACGGACCCAAAGGCAACCUUGGCCCUAUUGGAUUCCCCGGAGAUUCAGGACCCCCUGGAGAGGCUGGUGUCAAUGGAAUAGAUGGUGCACCAGGGCCUAAGGGAGACAAUGGAGAACCUGGCAAAUCAGGACCCCCAGGAGCCUCCGGAGAGCCAGGUCCUUCAGGACCUCCUGGACGGAGGGGUCAUGUAGGUGCUGCAGGAAAAGAAGGGAAGCAAGGCAUGAAGGGAGCCAAGGGGACAAUAGGAACCCAGGGUCCAGUGGGUAAGACAGGCCCAGUGGGGCCCCAAGGACACCCAGGAAGGUCUGGCCCAGAGGGGUUUCGAGGCAUCCCAGGUCCUGGGGGUGAACAAGGUUUAAAUGGGCCACCAGGACAAACUGGACCUCCAGGACCAAUAGGGCCUCCAGGACUUCCGGGAUUAAAAGGAGACCCUGGAAAUAAGGGAGAUAAAGGACAUGGUGGGUUGAUCGGUCUAAUUGGCCCCCCAGGAGAACCUGGUGAGAAGGGAGACAGAGGCCUGCCAGGGAACCAGGGUACACCGGGGCCUAAAGGAGAUUCGGGUGGUGUCGGCUCAUCUGGUCCCACUGGCCCACCAGGACCACCAGGACUGUCAGGUGCAGCUGGUCAGAAAGGAUCGAAGGGAGAUUCGGGUGUUGUUGGUCCCAGAGGAGAUCCAGGCCCUGCUGGCCCCCCAGGACCCCCCGGACCCCCUGCUACAAUGGUUGAGCCCCUUCCCAUCAGGGAGGGCAGGCGGAAGAGACGGAGGCACUCUGAUCGUGGAGGAGGAGCAGCCGCGGCCAGGGAGGAGGAUGUGGAUCUGGACAUGGAGGAGUUCCUCCAGGGAGAUCAGCCUCUGGAGGACGCUGAGGGAAUGGAAGAAGUCUUUGCUACCCUCUCUUCUAUGAAAACUGAAGUGGAGUUGAUGAGGAGGCCCUUGGGAACCUUCGAGAGCCCUGCCCGGACCUGCAAAGAGCUCAUGAUGGUUCAUCCUGAUUACAAAGAUGGAGACUACUGGAUAGAUCCUAACCAGGGCUGUAACCGAGACUCCAUUAAGGUGUACUGUAACUUCACAGCUGAUGGAGAGACCUGUCUCUACCCCGACAAGAGGAUUGAGAUGGUGAAAUUAGCAGCGUGGAACAAAGAGAAGCCAGGAAGCUGGUACAGCCAGUACAGGAAAGGAAAGCAGUUCUCCUACAAUGACAGGGAUGGGAACCCUGUGCAUGUAGUUCAGCUGACUUUCCUGAAACUACUGAGCGCCACGGCCAAGCAGAGCUUCACCUACACCUGCCAGAACUCGGCGGGCUGGUUUGACAACGCCUCCCGCUCCUACCAGCGUGCCCUCCGUUUCAGGGGCAGCAAUGAUGAGGAGCUGAUGCAAGCCAAAAGCCCCUUCAUCAACGCAGUGCAUGAUGGAUGCCAGUUCCGCAAAGGUCAGGACAGGACUGUUCUAGAGAUUGACUCCCCCUCUGCAGAGCUGCUCCCUAUUAUAGAUGUGGCUGCAGCCGACUUUGGCAGCAGCAACCAGAAGUUUGGAUUCCAAGUUGGACGAGUAUGCUUCAGCGGUUAACAUCUUGCCAGCAACAAACGAACAAACAAACAAACAAACAAACAAAGAAAAAAGACCUGCACAGCAAGUUUUUAGUGAAAGAAACUGGACUUUUACCGCUGGCCCAAUCAAUAUUUAUUACAUUAUGUUCCUGUAUGUGGUGGGUUUGUGGUAUAUUAUUUAAGAUUCUUCAACAGCCAAUGAAAUAGGUUCUAUGGCUUUACAACAGCAAUAAGAAGAAUGGCACGAAAGAGGACAUGCAACAGUGGGCACAAAGCACAUUUACCAAAGGGAAAUAUUCCAGUUAGAUAUAUUUAAUUUUAAGUGUUUUUGUUUGUUUGUUUUUUUUUGUUUUUUCACUGAGUGUGCUCUAAUUGAUCCUCAAGAAUUAUGAGGACCGCACCACUUGACAAUGACCACGUAAACGAGACGGAUCCGUCCGAUCUCUGUCAUUCUGUGGUAUGGGUCGGUUAAGUGGGACUUCUCAGAUCACAGACGAGGUAGUUGCUACCUAACGUUUUACAAAAGACUGAGACUGAAUAAAUCAGAGAAGUCGUCAUACUCAUUUGCAUGCUCGGAUUUCACUAUAAUGACAAUUGCAUAGCAGCUGUGAACUAGCCUAGCAUAUUAAUUCCACACAAGCGCCAUAAUUAAUUUCCUGUGUGCAGGAAUGAUAAAUUGUCCUUUUUACCCUUCAACUGCAGUUUUUCGCAGUGAAUUACCUUGAUUAGUAUUCAAUAGGUGUAGCUAGUUACUGAACCCGACACUUACUUGAAUGGAUAAGGUUGUUUCCUGCAUUGGACUGCUUCCCUCUAUGGGCUUGAUAAGAAGCUAUUUGAGCCCCCCAUGUUUCAACUGACUAUAGUACUGUACAUGUCAGACUUACAUCCUUUCUACUGUGGUAUGUACUUGCUUUGACAUACUUCAGAAACUAGGAUGGGGAUGUUUCAGGGCAAGAAUUAAGAGAGAUUAAAAUGUUCUCUGUUCUCUAGUCUUAACUGCAGUCCUUUAUACCGAGAGACGUUUUAUGCUCUAUGUCUUGAAAGCAUUUUAGAAUUGCUGACAUAUCCUGUUUUCACUUUUCUGCCCUACUCGAGAGGUUUUUGCUUCUCUGUUUUGUUCAUAUGUUGAAAUUUGGAACAGCAUAUGCUGCUCGUUGUUCAUUUGACACGAUUUGCUCUUUCAGUGGUGCUAAAAGAUGAUUCUGUGAUUUUUGUGUCACUGUGUUUGUGUGUCUCUGUGGGCAGGAUUAUAGGACUGGAGAGGAAAGGGGUUAUUGCUCUUUCAGCAGCACCAAACAUCCUCAGAAGCUGGAGACAUAGUCUGCUGUGUGUUUUUUUUUUUUUUUUUCGCACGUCUUCUGGCUGAUUGUGCCAAUUUCACAGGGCCGGUGAAAGGAGGUUAGGGACAGUUCAGAGCAAUGUGGUUGAUCGCUUGAAAGGGAAAAUCCACUCUUAGAUCAAAAUUGAGACUGUGCUGCUCCAGCAAUUUUGGAUGGUAAAUCCAGUAUCUACAUACACAGACAUCUAUUUUCCCGAAAAUAGAAAUUACAAGAAGAAGACUGGAAUUUCAGUAAUGCUGUAACAUUUUAAGAAGUUGAUCCACUGCAGAUGUUUUUUCUCAGACUGUUAUUUUCAAAUAACUUUUUUUAAUUGUAGAGCUAUGAAUCAGAAAUUGUCCUCACAUCCCGGUACAACUACUACGAUUGCUAUUAUAGUGUCAUAACCAGUGUUCUGUAUCGGUGGAGCAGCUACAGGAUUUGUCUUUAGAUUACUUUGUUCCCACAGUCUGUCUCUGCAUUUUGGCUUGAAUUGUCUUCUCUUCUUCAAAUUAGCAAAUAGAGCUGUGAAAUAUUACAGAAAUGACAUAUGUACUGUAUGUGAAUUCUAUUUUUACGGUUCAUUUUCCCUCCAGCAAAUGAAAUUUCUUAAUGCUCUGCUCACCUCCUCCAACUCAAACAGUAGACUGUGUACCCAGCAAGUGCAAUUUUGCAAUUCACUCCCACUGCUGUAUUUGUUUCAUAGCAUUUUAACAUUCCAGUGAUUAACUCCUCUCCUCCGGUCUCCAUCCUGCGCUGCCCCUCCUGUGUAUAGUGUUUGUUGUACUAAUUUUAUAUACUGUACAGUUAUUCUGAGGACUUUAUGAGCAAUAACCUGUUGCCUGAAUGAAAAACAAAAUGUACUUGUUCAAAAAUUGAUGUGCGAAUAAAAACAAACAAGAAAUCA